CAAGUGCGGGAUAAAGGUGCAACUUUGAAAUAUUAAAGGGCGGUGCAGCACGCAACGGGGCAAAGCAAGCAGUCACUUUUUUCUGUAGGUGCGGUUUGGGUCGAUAUAUAAUGACGUGGAAGGAAGGAUGAAGGAUGAAAGAGAGAAAAAGGAGGACAUGAAUCGUCGCUAGGGAGAAGGGGCGUGCGAAGCUGCUUUUCUCACCGUACUUGUGUUUUGCUGGAUACGAGAAAGAAUUAACCUGGCCUCCUUUUACGCGUUUCGGGACCUUAUCGAUGUUUAUUCUGCGAAUUCUAGGAAAAUUAUCCCCCUCCAUUUUUCCUGCGGUCUGGUUUCCCUCCUGGAGCGAAAAAAGUUUUGCCUUUCGUUACGUGCUAUCGUCAUUCUUGUGGAAAAAAAGGUUGGCCAUUUGCUAUGCUGCGCUGGAUUCCGGAACUGGUCCGGCCCCUCCGACAGCACGAUAUCACAGAAACAACUCUCCGAGGAGUGAAGCGCCCCUGGUUCAUGCCCAUACACCAAGCCCAUCUGACCUUGUAAAGGAGAUUGAAGCCAUCCUGAGACCAUCGCGGACUGCCAUUUUACUAUUUGCCAUUUCCCUUUUCCGGAUUUUCUAUUUUUGGCCUAAGCUGGACCGGCCGUAUAUUUUCUCCGUUUCCCGUUGCUUCCACAUCCCUCCCUUAUGGACCCGGAUUGGAUUUACAGAGUUUAGGUCUGGGAGUGCGGGGGAGCAGGUUGUACUACAAUUCUGCAUUUUCACUCGACCUAGCAUUCCAGCACUGUUGGAACUUGCCCGAAGGCCUCAGAUGGACUGCUGAACGAUCAUUUGGACGCCUCUAUGACUGCCUCAACGAGUACUAUCGCCCUUAUAGUACCGAGCCUGAACCUGUUGCCCGGAGGGACUGGACCAUCUCGCCUAGAGCUAUUUAUGGACGACUAACUCUCUGGGCCCAACAUUAGGGCGUCUAACGGCAUUACGGCCUACCCCAUCCACCAAACGGCUAACUGAAUCGAACUCGACAUCCACCAGGAACUAAAAUGGCAGAAGACGUUGGGCCCGUCUCUCUGUGGCGUGGCAGGGGUCUUCGAGGUCAUUGAGAGCGAAAGGGUCUUGUACUAUUGUAUGGGAUCCGACAUGGAGGUGCUGAGUUUGAAUGAUGAUAUUGUCUAUCCUUGGGCUGAGUAGCUAGAAUGAGUCAGACAAAGAGUGAUGGUAUACUGUUCCUGUUUUCUUUUUUGCAUAUGAGUGGAUAUAUGUAAUCUCGGUGCGGUGGUGGAAUUGUGAAGUUUGGUGAUUUGAGUAAGGGGUUUAGGUCGGAUUGGAAGAAAGGUUCAGAUCUGGUAAUUGUUGAGGGGAGGUUCGCGAACACUGCAAAGACGAAGCCACGACACAUUACGCGAGCAAUGCACAGUUGCCCCGUCACCGCUGUGGUUCUCUUAUCACCCCUCGUCACUAUGCAAUAUCGACCGGGAGGUGGGUGGAACGUUCUAUGGAGUGGUGAGUUACUGGGCAAGGGCUUUUAGUAGUCUAGGUGGAUGGAGAAAUGGUUUGAUAGAGGAGCCGGUAUCAUAUAAUAUUAUUAUGAAAACCACCUAGGCUGGACACUCAGUAAUGGCGGUUGUAUAAUUGGGAAUGCAAGCUUUAAGU